GUUUGUCGUGUGGCACUCGUCUGCCUGGCUGGACCAGAUCUUUCUCUUGCCCUCCAUCCAUGCAAUUCAAAGAAAUGGCAGUAUUUCAUCUUUAAAGAAGGCGCAAGCUGCCAACUUUGCAGCUCUCUAGCAUUUAGCUGUGCUAGCCAAGUUCUAGCUUUUCCCAGCAGCUCCUUUCCCCGCUCCUCAGCUCCUUUCUCAUCCUUUUUUAAUCUAAAUUUCCGUCAUCCCAAAUCCGAACUCGGCUCAUCGUCGUUAAGCUUGUUCUUAACCAGCUUCUUGCUUCUCAAAUGUAAGUCACAAGCUUGAGUUGUUCACUAUACAUCGUCGUCUUUUAACCAACGCGACAUCCCGUCCUGACCCUAUUCGUUAGUGCACACGAAAGGUUUGCCAUACCAUGGCUAACUAUACGACUGUCUUGCUCGGUUCUGUAAACACCAUACCUGAUGACACCGCUGUAUCGGACCUUCCCCGUGGUCAAGUCGAUUAUCUCUCCCAUGAAUGGCGAGAAGAAGAUGUAUGGCGUUCAUGGCGGAGCAUGACUCGUCUAAAGAACGAAAUCACAAAUGGAAUGAGGUUGGAGAACGCUUCCUGGCGCACGUGGUGGAAACAACGCAACAAGCUUAGCACUGUUAGCCCCGAGACCCUUAAUUGGCUGAAAGAUUCUGAUGUUACGUGGCUAUAUGGUCCUCUUCACACGGCAGAUUACCCCGCCCCCACCCCCAGCCCCAAACCCUCCCCCAACACUGCCGCCGCUCUCGAUCUCCCCAUGCUGUCGUCAUCCCCGCCCACCACAAAGCCAAUUCUAAAGCACCGUUCUAUAAUGGAGCUUCUAACUUCCGACCUGCCUUCUUCUCCCAUGUUUAGCCCCCCUGAAUCGGAAGAGGAUGAAAUACUUCAUAUGCAUUCGGAUCACGAAGCUCCGAAGCAUUUGACGGGGCCUGGUGUCGGAGGAAUGAUCAAGAGGCCACCUCUCACACACACUAAGAGCGAUACGCAUAUAUCUCGCUGGGGCCUCAAUCGUGAUUGUCGGCGGGACUCACCUCCGCGGAUCAUUGCAUCUGGAACUCCUGUUAUCACGACUGAGGUGCCCCCCGCCUCCAGGCAGGGGUCCUCGCCAGAUGCUGUGAUUGUGCCUGGCCAGAAGCGGAAACAUAUCAGCUUCAACACAUUCGUGGAACAAUGCAUCGCGAUCGAGAAGCCAAAGAAGAAGCGCACAGUUUGGAAUGUGGAAUAUCCUAAUUCCAAGACAGUGGGUUCGAACGAUUAUAGCGAAGGCUAUAGUUUUGAGGAUGAUGGGUAUGAUGAGGAUUCCGAAGAUGGGAUCAUCGACGAAACUGAUGAGCUUCUUUUUGGGGAUGAAGGCGAACGCCCCAGCUCACCAUCACAUCUUCAUGCGUCUUAUCCUCGGAGUGCCCCUCCGCAUCCUCGGUCUUCUCCACCGCCGCAGAAUACUUCCCCUGUAUCCUCUUCCACGUCGGAGGAAGAAGAUGAAGAUGAAGUUCUCGAGAUGCGCGUUAGGCAUGCUAACGCCGGGGCCAUGCUACCUUCCCGAUCAUCCUCGCAUUCUUCCUCGUCGACUUCCUCCUCCUCCUCGCGGUCCCGUCCACCCAAAGCUCGCUCCGCCUCAUAUACGCGUCACACCAACGGUUCUUCGGUCCAUCAUAGGCGAAUCACUACCGGCGCCCUCAUGCGCACGCCCAGUUCAGAUAAGGAGCUUAUCACUAUCGCGCUCAUUGCACCAACUAUCUUGAAGACUCGAGCGGAAGAGGAUGAGCACUACCCCUAUGCCCAUUCCCAUGGCUAUCCUCAUCCACCAUCAAGUGGCAAGUGGUAUGCCUACGGUGCGCAGGACUCACCCGUAGAGCUUGUCUACGUACCCCCAAACUAUACCCGUGCGGACAUUGACGGUGUAGAUGGCGACGGGGCGGUCGAUGACAUGAUGGCCGAGCGAUAUCAUAAGAGCUUAAAGCCAAGACAGUUUUUCGAUGGCCCUAUCGUCGCGUCUCCUAGUCCGGAUGUGGAUGUGCCAAUGAAGGAGGUUGAUACUCGCGCAUACUUUGAGCAGCAUGAACGAGUUGAGCCUGAGGCUGAAGGCCCAGAGAGCGGGCUUCACUACUCUCGCGGUGGCGCAGGAAACGUUCCUAUUGUGCAGAAUUUGGGACGACCUGAGGUCGUCGUGAGCUCUGAGGAUACCUCUGGAGAACGCUAUCGCACGCCGCCCCAAAGUACAGCAGUCCCUGUACCCAGGUCUAGCUCGUUCUCGUCCUCAUCUGGAUUACUUCAGCCACCUGACGCGCCUCGUGGCCGGUCUGCGUCGUCAUCGACAUUGUCCUCACAGGCCGAGGGCCAGCAGACACGAGGACGGAGUGUCACGCGGACGUCUUCAUUCUCAGAUCGUGAUAGUGAGAGUAUAGACAGACUUGGGAGCCUCAGCCCUGACGGUGGAUUUGGACUGGCAAUCGGAAUUGGCAGUGCUUACGUAGGCGGACGAGACCGGGACGCGCGCAGCGAUCGCCAAAGAGAGGGAGUCGUACGCAUUGUGGAACGAGGUCGGGAUCGUGUUGGACGCCGAACAGAUUCGAAUUCGGGGUCGGGUUCAAGUUUGAGCCCGGAAGAUCUACGGGCACCUACUGUGGUUACAGCCCCACUACCAGAACCACCGAAGAAGAAGUUCACCUCUGCGUCAUCCUCGUCUUCCGAUUCUUCAACGAUAUCAGCUGUUUCGGUGUCGACUGUGCGCCCGCCACCUCAGCUUGUGUUGAACACGGGACCUACACUACGGUAUCAUCUCCCUCGUAUCUCUACAGUCAUACCCCCUACACCUAAUCAAGCGCAGACAAUCAAAGAAGAGCAAGAGUGCAUUUCGCGACAGCCUACACCUGCCAACUCACCUAUCCUAGCUAUGCGCCCGGCCUUUCCCUCCCCGAAAUCCUAUUCCACUGCGAGCUCGUCACGGCAUGGCC